UCACGUGUCCUGUGCAGUGGUUGGUUAUUAGCAGUGAUGGCGUUAGCUGGAGGUGCGGGGCAAUGGGAGCCGGAGGAGGAAGUGGGGCUGGCCGGCCACUGGAGCCCGGGAGAUAGCGGCCAUGUCUCCCAGAGUCAGAGCGCCUGUAGCGGGGUUUCGGUCGGCCUUCUAAACGACGAUGAACUUGCCGCUACAGAUUAUACGCUGAAAUCAACGGCCAAUCAGCUGUCUAGCUACCUCCUCCCUGAUCAUCAAAAUACUGAGAUUGAGAAUCUGGAAAAGAGUUUGGAAGACCUACUUGUGAGAGUUGAUGAGUUUGUUGGAAUGUUAGAUAUGAUCCGAAAUGAUACAUCUCAAGUGGUUAAUGAGAAAGUUCCUCAGAUUUACACCAAAGCUGCAGAAAUGAGAAAACUUUACCAGAAGAUAGACUUACUCGAGGCCUUUGUGAAGAAGGUUGGAGGUGAUGUUGCUCUCAUGGACGAACAUGUUACACAAGCUGAAACAAACUUGGGGACCUUUCCUAACCCUCUUAAGAGAAUCUUCCAGAACCUCAGUGCCUCACCUCUCUUUUCUCCCACGAAAGCAACAACACCUCCAAGGACGCAGCAGGUCCGUUCUGAGCCUCCACUAGUGUUCAAGACUGAAGACUUCUUCCCAACUUCCAGUUGACCGUCACCGUAGUAGAAGGCCUGGAUCUGGAUUCUGGACACUGCCAUGGACACUAGAGUUGU